UUUUUUUUUUUUCUAUUAUUAUUUUCAGUUCAUCAAGAUGAGUGAAAUUGACAAUACAGUUGACCAGCGCGUUUCAGAUGAAAGAGGACGUCGCUCUCGCAGUCGUUCUCGCUCUCGCUCUCCAGGACGCGAUCACAGCGACCAUCGAUACAGAAGUCGUUCUCGCUCAAGAGAACCAAUUCGCGAUGAUGAAGAUAUCAACCCAGGAGACAACUUGUUCAUUACCGGCCUCUCCAUUAGAACCAAUAGUGCUGAUUUAGAAGACUUGUUUACUAAGUAUGGCAAGGUUCACAAAGCUGAAAUCAUGUAUGACCCUCAUACACGUGAAUCUCGCGGUUUUGGUUUUAUUCGUAUGGCCAAUCCUGAAGAUGCCGAUAGAGCCAUCACUGGCAUUACUGGCACUGAAGUUGAUGGCCGUGUUGUUACAGUUGAAAAGGUAUGUGACUUGUUUAUAGAACAAGAGCGCGUUUUCUGUUUUUAUUGAUACUGUUGAUAGGCCAAACGAUCUAGACCUAGAACACCUACUCCUGGUCGCUACUAUGGCCCCCCUAAGCGUGGAGGACCCAGAGAUAGAAGGGACCAUAGACCUCCCCGUGGUGAUCCUAGAUAUGAUCGUUACUAUGAGAGAUCUUACAUUGAUCGCUAUGAUCCUCCUAGAUAUGACCGUUAUGAAAGAGAUCGCUAUGAUCGUUAUGACCGCUAUGACCGUUAUGACCGUUAUGAUCGCUAUCAUGACCGUUAUGAACGUCGUCCUCCACCACCCAGAUAUGAUCCUUACCCUCCCCGUACUCGUUCACCUUAUUAGGCCUAUAUAUACAUUUUAUUUGCUACAUAAAAAAUAUAUAUAUAUAUAUAUAUACAGUUUUUGUCUAUCAAAA